AUGCACCUGUGGCCAUCGCUCCGGAUCCGCGACUCCUUCAAGCACGGCUACCUCCAGAAGCUGGAGCUCAACCUCGACAACAUGAAGCGCGCGCAGCGGCAGCGCCAGGGGCGGCAGGGCGAGGGCCAGGAGGACCAGGACGGCCAGCCUGGCGGCGGAGGGAAGGCGCCGCUGCUCGAGGACCGCUCGCCGUCGGGGUCCGUGCUGGCCGGCGCGCUCGAGCUCGCCUGGGACGCCGUCUUGCUCCUCACCUGCUGCUGCUGCUGUUUCUGCUGCGGAGGAGCCAAGGGACAAGGGUCUCCGCUGUUCGCUCCGUUCCUCUCACCGGCGCCCCCCAAACCGCACGUCCGCUGUCCGCAGCGAACACCUGUCCUCCUCCCGCUCUCCCUGUAG